CAUCUGCAGCUCCCAUGAAAUGAACUUCAAACAAACAAACAAACAUAUGUACAUGGAUAUAUAUAUAUAUAUAUAUAAUAUUUCAACGUACGUACAUAUAGUUCAUUUUUAUUCUACAAAUCAAAAUUUUGAAAAAUUUUGUGCGUCGUAGUUAAGUCAUGUACUGAUAUAUGUUAAUUCCUCAGCUUCAAUUGUCAUAUAUGUAGAGAUCAAAAUUUGUCAAUAUAUAUAUAUAUAUAUAUAUAUCAUUGUUUGUUUCCUCUUCUGAUCAAGGAUGAACAUGGAGUCUGUUCUUCGCAUGAACCCUGGGCACGAACCCAACAGCUAUGCCCGUAACUCCACACAUCAGAGGAACGUGAUGUUCAAAGCUAUGCCAAUCGUGAAGGAAAGAGUGAGAGCCUUAUACAGAAAAGCCUUAUUCCCAAAUCACUUUGCAGUGGCGGGCUUGGGCUGCGCUUCGGGAUCGAACUCUCUACUUGCCAUCUCCUGGAUCAUUGAAGCCAUAUCGGGAUUGUGCAGCCAAACGGGGCGCUCGCUGCCCGAGGUUCUUGUGUUCCUGAAGGACCUUCCUGGGAAUGACUUCAACUCUGUCUUCUCAUCUCUUCCCAGUUUCUAUGAGAAUCUGAAGGAGAAGAACAGAGUUGAAAGUAACUGCUACGUAUCUGCGAUGCCUGGUUCUUUCUACGGCCGGCUAUUUCCGAGCAGAAGCUUGCAUUUCGUUCACUCUUCUUACAGCGUGCAUUGGCUUUCGCAGGUCCCAGAGCUCCCAGAACAGAACAAAGGGAGCAUUUACAUGGCAAGCACGAGCCCGUCGAGCGUCUUCCAAGCAUACAUGAAGCAGUUUCAAAAGGAUUUGACGAACCUCCUGAGCUCCCGGGCAGAGGAAAUCAUCCCCGGGGGCGAAAUGGUCCUGAUUCUCAUCGGCAGAAGCAUUCCUGAUCCCACCAGCGAAGACUGCUGCCUCCUCCUCUGGUGGCUCUCCAGGUCCCUUGUUGAAAUGGCUGACGGGGGACUAGUUGAAGCUGCUGAUAUAGAUUCAUUCAACCUGCCGGUCUACAUGCCCUACAAACAAGAGGUGACAGAUGUGGUAGAGGGAGAGGGAUCCUUCACCAUCAAUCGCCUUGAAACAUUUGAGGUGAAUUGGGACCCUUUCUACCAUGAAGAUGAAGAUGAUGAGAACUGCACGUUUGACAAGUUUAAGAGCGGGCAAAACGUGGCCGACUGUAUAAGAUCUGUCACAGAACCCAUCCUGAGAAGUCACUUUGGAGACGGAUUGGUGAUGGAAAACGUAUUCAAGAGGUAUGUAAGGCUCGUCGGUGAGCAUUUAGAGGUGGAGAAGACCAAGUACGUAGAAAUAAAUUUUAAACACAUGCGCUUAUAUAUAUAUAUAUAUGUAUGUAUAUUGAAGAAUUUUUUAACGUACGUAGAUAAUUUGGAAAUAUAUAUAUAUAUAUAUAUAUAUGUAGUAACUAGUAAGUCACGUAUUUUUCAUUUUUGUCAAGUGAGAAAAGCAGAAGCAUCAACCAAAAAAAAGGACAAAAUAAGAAGAAGAAAAGAGUUUUUACUGUUAGGCGAUAUUUAUGGGUUUUGUUUGUAUGUCCCCUUAGUUACUCUUUAAUUUUCUUGGGUCUUUGAUCCCGUUAACUUGCCAAAAAAAAAAAAAGAAAAGAAAAGAGAAGCACGGGCAAGCAAUUAUCACGUAGCUUCAACCGACACUAUAAAUAGGAGAGAGAUAUGCGCACUGCAAUUCCAAAUUAUGAGCAGAUUACCACCGAAAAAAAAAUUU